CAGUGAUCUAGUUACACUUAAGUGGAAGCCGCUUGGAAGACAAAAUGAUUCAUCAGUGCUAAAUAACUCCGCUUGCACAAUAUUGUAACAUUCGUUUAACGGUUGGUAGUAAUACGUAUUUAGCUCGUUAAUAAUCAAAUCACAAAUAAACGGAAUGUAAUCCAAAAAUGGUCUCGUUUGCUAGCUUCGUUACGGUAGCCGGACAAAUGUAGUGCUGCUUCGACUACAGACUGACUAGGUUUGAUUCCUGACAGCAUCACACGGCGGUGGGUUUGACACAUUUUCAAAGGCGCAAGCGACGACUUUGGCUGGCUAGCUAGAAGGAAGAGCAAAUCGUUAAGCUACUGUAGAGCUGGCGAAGUGUGCCAGGAAAAGAGGAUACACUUUGUGGUGAGAACGGUGCCAUUUAUUCGCUCCCAUCAUAUGGAUGUCACUCAUGUACAUUUUGCUAGCUAAAUGAUCGUGUCUUGGGGUCUAGUUUGCUGCCGUCGGAUGUCGCGACUGUGCAGCCAGUACCAGUAGUUUGUCCCGUUUUCUGAGGGACGGACUCGGAAGACUGCAUUGGACCAGGGUGGCAGAGACAGAAAAUCAAACGACAGAAAUUAACAAGCAUUUUUUACAAAUUGCCCUCAAGCAGUAGCCAUCUUCCUUCGUAAUCUAAGAUAAGACUAGAGUGGACCGAACAUCUUGGGAGAGGCCCUCCGUUUUGACACUGCCCCCUCUUCCCUGAUUCCCCCGUGAUUUAUUUAGAAUAUACUGGCGAAGUCGGACGGUUUUCAACAAGGGGACAACUUAACAGCGAGGCCCCACAUUCCCCUCCCCCAUUCCUAUCUAGACCCUUUUACAACAACCUCGCCCCAUAUCGGAGCAGAGAUUGGGAUUCGGAAUUUUGUACAGGUAGAUCGGUGUAAUCAUCAAGUCCCGUCUAAAACCGGGCUGCCUAAACCAGGAGGAUGACUCUGGAGUCCAUGAUGGCUUGCUGCCUGAGCGAAGAGGCGAAGGAGUCGAAACGAAUCAAUGCCGAAAUCGACAAGCAACUCCGUCGAGACAAACGGGAUUCAAGGAGAGAGCUGAAAUUACUACUUCUCGGCACAGGAGAGAGUGGAAAGAGCACGUUUAUUAAGCAGAUGAGGAUCAUCCACGGGGCGGGCUACACAGACGAGGAUAAGAGGGGCUUCACCAGGCUGGUCUACCAGAACAUCUUUACCUCCAUGCAGUCCAUGAUCCGUGCCUGUGAGAACCUCAAGAUCCCUUACAAAUACGAGCAAAACCGGUCUAACGCCAUGGUGGUGAAGGAGGUGGACAUUGAGAAGGUAUCUGGGUUUGACCAUCCGUACAUCAAUGCCAUCAAGACCCUGUGGGCUGAUCCAGGAAUACAGGAGGCCUAUGACCGCCGCAGAGAGUACCAGCUCUCUGACUCCACCAAAUAUUACCUUAGUGAUAUUGACCGUGUGACGGCUGAGGGCUAUAUGCCCACCCAGCAGGAUGUGCUACGGGUCCGGGUUCCAACCACCGGUAUUAUAGAGUACCCCUUUGACCUGGAGAACUGCAUCUUCAGAAUGGUGGAUGUGGGGGGUCAGAGGUCAGAAAGGAGGAAGUGGAUCCACUGCUUUGAGAACGUCACCUCAAUCAUGUUCCUGGUGGCACUGAGCGAGUACGACCAGGUUUUGGUGGAGUCUGACAACGAGAACCGUAUGGAGGAGAGUAAGGCCCUGUUCAGGACUAUCAUCACCUAUCCCUGGUUCCAGAACUCCUCCGUCAUCCUGUUCUUGAACAAGAAAGACCUGCUUGAGGAGAAGAUCACCUACUCACACCUGGUUGACUAUUUCCCAGAGUUUGAUGGUCCCCAGCGAGACGCUCAGGCAGCGCGGGAGUUCAUCCUGAAGAUGUUUGUGGACUUGAAUCCCGACAGCGACAAGAUCAUUUACUCCCACUUUACGUGCGCCACGGACACUGAAAACAUCCGCUUUGUGUUUGCUGCUGUCAAAGACACCAUCCUGCAGCUCAAUCUCAAAGAGUACAACCUGGUGUGAACUCACACCAGCACACCUCCCCGUCAUAGAACACACACACCUCAAUGAGUCUGUGCUCGGCUCCACAUGCGUCAAUACAUACCAAUCACACAUGAAAACACAGACACCUAUUGGACCCCAUCCUCUUCUUGAUUUUCACUACAAUGGUUUUAAAGACGCCACUGUCUCCCCUGUCAAUCCCCCAUCUGCCUGGCCACAGCUGGCACUCACCUUCCUUCAUGGCAGCUUGGAUCAGUAUUUCCCCAAACCCCCCUGCCCCCCACCCCCACCCCCCACACUAAUCUGGCACACAUACACCCUCAUGGGCUGUACAGUAACUAUGUAGGGGACAUUGUGGUGUGUGUGUGUGUGAGGGGGUGGGGGUGGGGCAGCAAAGACCAGUGAGGUGCUGUGGAUUUGUGAAGUCAGGGGUUUAACCCUUGAAUCUCUUGAGUUGACACCUGCUUGUGAGUUCACUUCCUGCCUUCUUUCUGAGCUCUUGACAGCGGAAGUGGGAGGCAGCGAAUAGGAAACCAUCAACAAAAAUGCAGCGUGGAACACUGCCGUGAGCUCAAGGAGGAACAGCAUGACCCAGAACAGGAUAUGAUGUUACACACAGGAAGGUAGGGGGCGGAGAAAAGAGUCUCCACCUUGCAUCCAUGAAUGUACCCUCCAGUGUGAGCGUGGCAAUCGCAACACAUAUUAAAUGCAUAUGUCAAAACACUAAAGCACGAGACGGAGAGAAAAAGCUAAUCUAAAAUCUCUAUUGCUGAGAUUUUUAAAACAUUUUUAAAAAUAGUAACUUCUAUUUAUGGGAUAAUGGUGACUCAGAGGUUAAUAACACAGGUUAAUAAAACACCGAACCUUAAAUGUCCAAAAACGGAAAUAUACAAAAAUAAAAACAUGGAAACAGAAACUUACUUGACAUAGGUAUCCUUUGCAGAUUUCUGUGUUUGUUUUAUGUUGAUCACAUUGCUUCCCUCCUCAAGAGGAUGUCUGUAUGGAAUGACAGAGACUCUGUAACCUUCCAUUUAACAAUCUCAGUAUCUGGUUCCACACUAUGUUCAGACUUUAAUGAUGACCCUACCACUCGAUACAAGUUGUGCUCUGAUUUUGCCAUCACUAAGGGCAGCAUGGUGUCAUUUGGUGUGUGCGAUCAUUAAAUGUAAGAAUGUCACCUUAGAUGGCAUCUAAUCGCUGUCACUGCAAUCCCAUUGGAUACACAUACUGAGAGUGACAUGGUGACGUUCAUUAUAUCAAACACAGGAAGGAUUUCUGUUUACUUUUUUAUUGUAUAGUCACUUUUUGUUUUAUAGAAGAUUGCUUAUGAGUGAUGAAGUGGAAAUUAUUGACCUUUAUUUCCCAGAUUGAUGGACACGUGCACUCUGAAGUCUGCAAAAGUUCUUGUUUGUGUAUAUUUGUUUGUAAAUACAUAUACACAGAAACACUCCUGUAUAAACUCUGUGGUACACAUUAUUUGGCAAAAAAAAGGAAACAAAAAUGAUCCACUUCGUUUGAUAAUGUACUGUUUUUUUGUUUUGUUUUCGUAUGAAUUUAAGAUAGUAUUGAUACUGUGAUUCUGGAUUUUGUUCACUUUAUUAUUAGAGAAACAUUCAGGGCUGAGUGGUGCUGUGGGAAUAAGAGAGUCUGAAGAUUAGGCACGUCCACAGCCUGUCCUGUCACUCUAGACUCCACCAUGACACUACAGCCCUUUAGUACUGAGUCUAGAACAGGCUAGAUUCUACACUAUAUGGUGACAAGAGAUAAUAAAAAUGUUUAAAAAAAGUAAUUAAAGAUUUUUUUUUAUUUAUCUAAUUUAUGGACCAGGUUUGAAGGUGUGGAUGAUUUGACUGCUUUUGUUAAGUCAUGUCGAAGUGCUCCUCUCUCCCAUGGGAAACCAGGGGCAUACUUGAGUCUACUCUGCUGUAAAAACAACCGUCUGGUAUAGUAUGGGCUUUCUCUGCUUUCUAUUUUCUCUAAAGACAUUUCCAGUUGAACUAGCCAUUGCAUCUCCAUGUCCGGACGGUAUGGUUUCUUUAGCAGCCCUCACGUUUUGUUUAAUAAUUAAAACUAGUAUUUCCUUUUUUUAAUUUUUUUUAAUUUUUUUUUUUUUUUAAUGCUGCGCUGUAAAACGAACAUAGAACAAUGUACAAUAUGAACGUAUGAACGUAGGUGUUUUCUUUGUUUUUCUUCAAUGAUUGAAGACCUAUGCUUGCUAUUUGUAAUUUAUCACAUGGUUCUGUCGUUGGUUUGCAUUGUUUAAUUUCCAGUUUUUGAAGCUUGCUUUAUUAGUGCCAGUGAUGUGCUGAUAUACUUUUGGUCUUUGAAGCUUUACCUUUUCUACGGGCAACUUAUCCUCCAUUCUCAUUAAGGGCUAUCACAGUGCAUCAAGCAGGUAAUAGCACAGGGUCACAGUGAACAAAGUCAAUUCACUCACGCUUGUUCCCAGAUAAUCUUUGUUCUCACAGCAGUUUUAAAGCUUGGGAGUGGUGGGCAGUAAGGGACUAAUAUGAUGUAGGAUCGUUUUACGUUUGUUCAUUGGCUCGAUAGUGUAAAUUCAGUUUGGCACAGUGGUUAACAUGUCUCUGUCCAAUAUAUUGUAUCAGAUGUGAAUUAUUAUGUGUUCUUAUCUAUAGGAAGUCUCAAACACUUGUCACAUUUAAAAACAAAGCGUAGUUCAUUACCAGGUGUUUGCUUUUGGCCAAGUUUUAUGAAGUGAAGCGAAUAGUGAGAGUUGCCAUUUUUUGCUUAGUGGUUUUUUCAGAUCUUAUCGAUAGAUAAUUGAUUAGCUGUGUACAGUAAUUAGCACAGCUUCAGUUCCCUCACAGUAAGUAGUGUUUGUCCUUCCCUGGACCGCAGGUUAGAGGCUUGUACAAGUGAUAUGGUACGUUUACAUCUCUGCAAGUUAGGUUCAGGUUACCUCCUGUGUGCGAGUACAGAAUUGCAGCACAGUGUGGACAGCUAGACUGUUAACGGAUCUGUUCCAUCUGGCUGUAUGGGUGCCAAGGAGAAGAGGUUCUCUGUUCAGUUCCCCUGUAUUUGCAGUUGGGUUUUCUUUCAUCUCACCUGAGAAGAGAUGUAUUCUAAGACUGUAGACAGUGUGGAUUAAUUUGUUCAAAUACUCCCAUU